UUCGUUGUUGCUGUUCCGUUAAUGGCGACGACGCAAGGGCAACAGACGGCGAUUGAUUCGGCGGUUCUCGAUGACAUAAUCCGACGUCUCACGGAGGUUCGGUUAGCUAGACCAGGGAAGCAAGUCCAGCUCUCGGAGGCUGAGAUCAAACAGAUCUGCACUACCGCUAGAGACAUCUUUCUCCAGCAACCUAAUUUGCUUGAGCUCGAAGCACCCAUCAAAAUCUGUGGUGACAUACAUGGGCAGUAUAGUGAUUUGCUGAGGCUGUUUGAGUACGGUGGCUUCCCUCCUAGUGCAAACUAUCUCUUUCUUGGGGACUACGUGGACCGAGGCAAACAGAGUCUUGAGACGAUAUGUCUCUUACUAGCUUACAAGAUCAAAUACCCAGGGAACUUUUUUCUACUAAGGGGAAACCACGAGUGUGCUUCUAUCAACCGGAUAUAUGGGUUUUAUGAUGAGUGUAAAAGGAGGUUCAACGUGAGGGUAUGGAAGGUGUUUACAGACUGUUUCAACUGCCUUCCUGUUGCUGCGCUUAUAGAUGACAAGAUCUUGUGUAUGCACGGUGGUCUUUCCCCGGAUCUCAAUCAUUUGGAUGAGAUUAGAAGCUUGCCGCGUCCAACUAUGAUUCCUGACACUGGGCUCCUCUGUGAUUUGCUCUGGUCUGAUCCUGGGAAAGAUGUUAACGGAUGGGGGAUGAAUGAUAGAGGCGUUUCGUACACUUUUGGUCCGGAUCAAGUCUCUGAGUUUUUGGCUAAACAUGAUCUGGACCUUGUGUGUCGUGCUCAUCAGGUUGUGGAAGAUGGUUAUGAGUUCUUUGCUGAUAGACAGUUAGUGACGGUGUUUUCAGCUCCUAACUACUGUGGAGAAUUUGAUAAUGCUGGUGCUAUGAUGAGCGUGGAUGAGAACCUGAUGUGCUCGUUUCAGAUUUUGAAGCCUGCGGAUAAGAAGUCCAAAUUCAUGAUGUCCACAAAGAUUUGAAUCCUUUCAUUAAAGAUGAGUUUGGUCUUGCUUAGAAAAACUGGUUCAAACCGUUGGAGACUUGGCUUUAAAGUGUGUGCCUUAGUCUUCUAUAAUCUCUUUCUUCCCACUUCAUUUUCUGCAUUUUUUGUUCUUAUCUUUUUUUUAAGGGGUUUACAUGAUGUUCAUCUACCUGUUGAAAGCACAUACAGUAGUUGGUGUGUGUGUACAUGCGUGUGAUCGUCUCUUGGAUUUUAGG